CUGGUGCAUUCAUUAGGGGGGAUGUGUCCGUGCAGCGUACACGUCGACCUGCAUCCACGCCACCCUCUCUCUCUCUCGGUGCCACCCCUGGCCUCAGUCGCGCUUCGCGGCCAACUUGGUACACACGCCACUUUGUUGUUUCUCCCUCUCGGAGUUUCGUCCGCAUUUGUACGUCUUCGACGUCGCGUCGCGAGAUAAUCGUGCUACGCGAGAAUAUUUCGUUUCGAUCUUGCCGUCGAUCGUCGAUUCAACGAGAAAAAGUAAUCACCGACGGUCGUUAUUAACACCGCUCUCUCUCUCUGAUUACGCCGUCUGUGUUUCUCGUUUUUACAUAUCGAAACUUCCUUUCCUGCUUUGCUUCUUCGUUCGUUCGAUUUGACGCGUUUGCGAUCAUGAAUAACGAACGUUUCAUGAGUUGAAGAUACCGUAUAGUAACUACUCGGUGUCGAACGAUUAUUACGAGUGCGUUCGUUCCGUUGGUAACUAUCGUGUGCGCGAAUGUACUGUCCAUGAAGAAGGCAGAGAUCGCAGUUGCAUCGUGAAACGCAAAAGAAGCUGCCUGCUGAUCGCCCCUUCCGUGAAUGUGAAGAGGAUCGUCUUCGUUCGUCACCAGCAAGGAUUGUCCCCGUAAGAUCGUCGCGGAAGAUCUUCACGUAGGAGGAUCAAAAGGGAUCCUUCCUCUGAAUCUGCAUGGUGCGGCUACACGCCAGGCUGACAGGAUUUCAUGUUCACGAAUUUCAGUAAACCAGGUAACGAUGCGCCUAAUCCGCCUUCACGGUAUCGGCGCGUCGAUUUUCAGAUUUUCCUUCGCGCGACACCCUCGCGUCGUUAGCUCUAUCGAGAGAAUACGUUCAAUUUGCGCGCUCGGCUUUCCUCUGGCUGCACGCGGUGGUUCGCUUAGAGGGGAGGCCAGCUGCGGAUUCGCGCCUAUUCCGUGGCCCGCAAACAACCUACCAGAACCGGACCCAUCGAUCGCGAGAUCUAGAGGCAUGCGUCGCGUGUUCCUCUCUCUCUCACUUUGUCAAUCUCCCUUCGAGAGACUAAGACGCAACCCACGUCGAGGCAAAAACGUUCAACUACCGCCGAUCAAAUACGACGUUCAUAUUUCUUGUCGCACGAUCGUUUAAACGCAUUUGUUUGGUCAGUUUUUAUCGACGUGCGAGCCUCGCUCGUUCGUUGAUCCGCUGUUUUGACAGUUCGUUUUCUAUUUUUACGCGAGUCGAUAAUCGGAUAGGAAAAUAAGGGAAAUGGUUGCACCGUUCAACGUAGAAAAUAUGCGGAAUGUAUCGAAACCGAGGGAUCAGAAUCCCUUGUUAAAUUCCGUAACUGGUCGGAAAACUGUAUAGUUUAGCGGAUUUCGAUAAUAUGCUCAGUAAACUAGACUGUAUUUAUUGGUUUACCGUCCGAUUGAAACAUAAACUCGCUGAGCGCGGACAAAAAUACGCGGUAACGCGAUUGUCGAUUCUCGAAAAUAUAUUCGCCAACGAACGCGUGCGUGGCCUAUUUCGUGACCAUCGUAUCGUUUCCAUUGUUUCGCGAACAGUAAAACCAGGCGAAAGAUGUUCCUUCACGCUGUAGAUGAGAACAACGAAAAUUUACGAGCGAUGAAAUUUCAAUAAGCGAAACGAAUAUGAAAGUUAAAACUCGCCAAGACUGACUUUUGCUCAAUAAAAUGAUAAAAAAUCUAUUUUUUUAAAUACGUAGCUUUAUUGUAGCAAAUAGAGGAAAUCCAAAAUUGUACGUAAGAUAGAUCAUAAAAUAGGUGCAAUAUAGCACCUAUCGUAUUUCAUGUCGGAAAAAUUACAUUUCAACUGAAACGGAGAAACGUUGUUUCUCAGUUUCUAGGUGCUUCAAUUUAAGGUUUGUAAUUAACCGAAGUGCGCGACGAAUAAAUACGCAACUAUGCUAUUACUCAUUAUGUAGCUUACAUCUAAAAUUGCAAUUUACCUAGUUGCGUAAGGUAAUAAAUAUUAAAUUUCGCAAUUUCUCAUAGGAGACAGCGGCAGAAAGGAAAAGAGAGAGGGAAUAAAGAAACUCAUUUCUUCCUCGAAUCAGAAUUCGAAAUACGUGAAAUGAUAUUUCUGAAUCGGAAACGUUGUUCGGCCCGUACAAACGAAACAUUCCUUAAGAUAUAAUUUAAAAGCGACGUUCUACUGACAUAUGUUUUUACAAAAGUUUGUCAUGCAAAUUUCCUAGAAAUAUACUGGUCGUUUCACAAUCGAAAAAUAGGAUUUGAGAGAAAUAAAACCGAGCGAAGAAUUUUGUCGAGCACUAAGAUUCGAAAGAAAAAAGACGAGCCGUACGUAGCUACGUUAGAAUCUUCUCGGGAUUAUUUGCGCAAUGUUUCUCCGGUAACGUUCUUUCCUUAUGCAAAUACAGAAUGCCCUCCUUACAUCGUGCACUUCGGUGGACAAAUAUUACAGUAACGGUAUAUCAAGAUUAAUUUUUAAUCCGUCGCGAUGAGCGGUGAGAAGCGAACCAUAUUUUAUCAUGCGCGCAUGUAGUUUUUCCGUGCUUCGAGUUACCUACACGUUGAUUAAGAGACAAAUAGGAUAAAAAUAGAAUUAACAAAAAACAAAAAGAGAGAAAAAGUAAAGAAAAAUAAGUAUCAUGAACAUAUUCGCGUUUCAUAAACCAAUGAAUAGUUAUCGUUCAUUUUCUAUAGCUCGAUGCAGCAGACGAUGCUCCUAUUAAAACGAACUGAUCGAAAGUUCGAGCAUGAUCAACGCCAAACAAUGUGUUUACACUCUACCCUUUUGGAAAAGACGACGGGAGGCAACAGAAAGCAAAUUCUCGUGUCUCUCGAACGUAUCGUGACGUCGUCCAAGAUGACGCAUCGAUAUCGAUCGAAUCCUUCGAUCGCAGAAGAUCGAAGGAGUAUGUAUUGCGCAAGAAAGAGAGAAAGAAAGAGAGAGAGAGAGAGACAGAGAGCCAGAGAAGAAAAUUAAUUCGCGGUAUAACCAGGACUUCCAAUUGUCCUGUACUAGCGGCAAUAUUUGUGCAGCGCGUAAGAACGUUUAAUAUAGGCCCCGAAGUUUCCGCAGCAAAACGUCUCGAUCUUUUCAAAAUUACACGUUUAAAGCGUGCUAUUUCUUCUCCUUCUAAGCUACACCGCCGCAUUGUCGCUAAGAAAACGUACGACCGAGCGCAGCAGCGUGCGUCUUUUAUCGGGACAGCGUAUUUUAUGCGAACUUUCUUACUACUGCAUUAAACUUUACUGCACCAUCGUGAAUCCGUUGCGUUUUGUUCGAGCGUGAAUUAUGUAUACCAUCGUAUACGACACUCUUUUCGUUGCGAGUUUUAGUCCGAACAAUCGGACCAAGUAUCGAACAAGAAUCGAAGGUACUUGAAGAACGAUCGUGCACGUACAUGUGUCGAUCCAUUAAUUAUUCAUCGCGACAAAGAGAAGAAAAGAUAAUUAGAAGUUUUAUCGCGAAAUGCCGAGUUAAUAGUCUGUGUUGGGUAAUUUACGAGGAAUCGGCGCGCGCGCAGUUAACGCGCGAACAUGCGCGCAGCGCGAGAAGAUCGCGCAAGCCGCGUGGCAGCGCUGCAUUUCCGGUAUGCACCGCGCGAAGAUCGUCCCUGAAGAUCUGCCAGCCGCACGGAAGACAGAAAUAUGUCUUUCUUCUUUUUUUUUUUUUUUUUGCCGCGCGACUUCUCAACGCGCUAGGGCGAAAAACAGCGACGUAUCCAGCCACAAUACGUCACGAUAUACCUGCUUCCACUUGUUUUCCUCGUGGAACAAUCAAGGCCAUCGCGAGAUAAUUAUGCAGAUAACGGUGAUGCUCGCCGAUAUCCCAGCUGUAGGAGGAUCUACAGGGUUGGGAUUGGAGAUAGACAAGAUGGACCAACAGUAUUGCCUACGGUGGAACAAUCAUCCAGCCAACCUCACAGACGUUCUCAGCUCCUUGCUUGCCAGAGAGGCACUCUGCGACGUUACCCUGGCGUGUGUUGGAGAGACAUUCAAGGCACACCAGACGAUACUCUCUGCAUGCAGUCCAUAUUUCGAGAGCAUUUUCCUCCAGAAUACCCAUCCCCAUCCAAUUAUAUUCCUGAAGGAUGUCAAUGAAACGGAAAUGAAGGCGUUGCUGCACUUUAUGUAUAAGGGAGAAGUUAACGUUAGUCAGCAUCUGCUACCGAUGUUCCUUAAAACAGCUGAGGCAUUACAGAUUAGAGGCCUCACUGAUAAUAGUGUAAAUAACAAGGCAGAAGAGAAAAGUCCAUCGCCAGAACCAGAAACACAAUCUGGUGUUAGGCAUACUGAAUCGCCUAACCUUCAGCCUCUUCCUGAAAAGAGGAAACGAAAGGCCUCGGGCAGCUAUGAUGUUUCCCUUAGUGGUCCACCCAGUGAACGGUUCAUGUCAGAUUCUCAGGCAUCGUCACAAUGUAGUUACAAAUCAAGCCCUCCCGUGAUUCCAAAGUUAAAUAAUGCCAUGGGAGGUGAUAUGGAAGAUGGUGGUCGACCUAUGUCUCCUGCAUCACAGCCACAACCUUCGAUCAAGCAAGAGUUAGAUCAUCAUCUGCCAGACUUCCAUGACAACAUUUCCCUCCCAGGUCAUCCAGUUGGACUGCUAGGAGAAGAAGGAGGAGCAACAACAGGCACGCUAAGCGAUGGCGUGUCAACAAUUGAAUCGUCUGAACACCAUAAUCCCCCAGAAAUGCUCGACGGACUCGAUGGUAUGGUGCCCAACGUGCCGGUCGGUCUUUCUUAUCACGAGAUGUUCGCCGUGUCGCUCGGCUCGCCGGCGCUGUGGAGAUGCCGAGCCUGCGGCAAACAGGUGACCAACCGUUGGCACCACUUCCACAUACACACCGCCCAAAGGUCCUUGUGCCCGUAUUGCCCGGCUACAUACAGCAGGAUCGACACCCUCCGCUCGCACAUACGCACCAAGCACAGGGAGAUAGUGUUCGCCAAAGGGUCCUUAUAGAGGACGCUGAUUGCCCCGCGAAGGAAGAGGCCACCGCCACUUCCGCCUCCUCGUCUCUUCGACGACAGGCCUAUCGCGCCUUUCUUCGGAUUUGGGCUGCCCUGACCGAGCAUUGACGCUCGAUUUUUGAACCCUUAUCUACGCGGAGAACGCAUACAGCACUUUUAAACCAGACCUUCGACCGAUAUUUUUCCAUUUUUUAUCUCUCCGGUUUUCCCCGAAGAGAAUCGAAAUGUCCUUCGUUUGGAAAAAUUCGUGGUUCGCUCUAGUACGAUUGCUUUGAUAUUUUCCACGUCUGACUUUUACUUUUUCCAAUGUAAUUCGCGUAUUAUUGUCGUUGAGUGUCGGUAAUGGCGCCUUGACGGGUUCUUGGAGUUCUGAAGGCUUCGAAGCGAAGUACGAGUUUUCGAGUAUAAACACGACGAUAGUGGUACGAGAUAUAUAUAUAUAUAUAUAUAUAUAUAUAUAUAUAUAUAUAUAUUUCAAAGUUAUGGAGAGAGGGGAAGAUUUUCACGCGAGGAUGAGUGGUAAUGCUAUUCGGAGGAUUCUCGCGUUUCAAGACCACGAGAUGGAGAAUUCGAGAGUUGGUUCGAGGGGGCUUGAAAUGGUAGAAUCGUCGAGUGGAUGGCUAUGCAACGAUAUUCGACUACCAAAUUCCUGCUAUUACUCUUUAGUAUUUAGCUCGUUCGUCGCGUGUGCAAAUAUUAUCGGUGAUGGGACGAGGUAUAUACUUGUAGUAAAUGUUUGAAGAAUUUAUUGGAACGCGUGUCGUUUGGAAAUUUAGAGAUUGAGUGGAAAUUGAUCAUGAACUUGGUGAAUUUAUACCGAGAUAUCGUUUUAUCUGUAAAUAGAGUCGCAUAUAAGAGCUUCACGAGAAGGUUAACGUUAAAAAGAUAUCGUGAUUUUAAUUUAGAAAAAAGAAACUGAAGCGUUAAAUUAAACUGAUUCAUUUCGUUCCAUCGCUGGUUUCUACCGUUUACAAUUUCCACGCUGCGCUUCCUUCGAGGCACUUCAGCAACUCAAAGCUCCAAAAAUGUUCAAGAAGCCUCGGGUGUUUAAAGAUAACUUUAGUCGAUUUUAGGCUUUUGGCAAGCUCGCGAAGGUUUCCUGAAUUGAUCAAACCUUCUAUCAAGACGAGUGAUUCAAGAUUUCUAUUUUCCACAAACAGAAAAUAGCACAGUCGAGUGUCUGGACAUCUCGAACUAGUUUUCCUUCGAGAUAUUUAGGUUCACGUUGGGGACAGUUUCUUACGAAAAGGCAUAAAGAAAGACGCAGUUCGCGGGGUAAAUUCAUGCAACGAAUGAUUUCUAAUAGGUAUGUUGAACGUUUCGUCAACUUCUCACUGCGACGUCUCUCCGAUCGUCGGCGUGAUCGCGUAUAACCGAAGAGGAGGCUGAACUUGGACGAAGAACGAUCAAACCAAGAGAAACCAAAAAAAAAAAAAAAAAAAAGAAGCGGAAUAACCGGAAAGAAGAAGAAAGAAGAAAACACAUUGAUGGAAGCUGGCACGGAGUCCGAAUUUUUGCGAGGACAAUCGAUCGAUGAUAGCGUUUCGAAUGGUCUCCUCUGGGACAAAACGGUGCGGUGUUAUUCUCGUUUCUUGAGUGGUAUCGAUUGUACCUCUUCGCGUGUAGACGAUCGUACAAAUCGGGAGACACCGAAACUCGCUAGGAUUCGUGUAAAUAGUAAACGAAGUUUCUGUAGACUGGCUCGGUUGGACUGGACGGUGGUCGCGCGUGGAUCGAUCGAUCGUCGAUCGAUCACUUUUGUUUCCCCACCGUUUUUGAUUCUCUUAGUCGCGUUCGAUCCUCCUUCUCUUUCCUCUUCAACUUCUGCGUCGAUACCCCUAACUUUGGAACGUUCAUCGUAUUGUACGAUCGUUCGAAGACGGAGCGAAAGAUCGACGAGCAAAGGAUCUACGAGAUCAACGAUUUUGAUAGAGAGUGUCUGUGAAAACAAAAAAAAAAAAAAAAAAAAGACAACAAGAGAGAAUAAAAGUAGAAGAGAAAGAGGAUAGAUGUGACGAAUGAAUGUCCAACGAGCUUGAAAAUUAAACGGUCUAAUUCUUUACGCAAUGGAAGGCUGAAACGCGCGCUGUGAUUAAUGAACACCGAAAACUCAAAGGGUACUACGAAUUAUGAUUGCGGUCCGUUUAAUCGCUGUUACGUGUAUCUUAAUGUUGUUCGUUUCGUUUUGAGCUGGCACGAGACAGCUCGGUUCUACAAUCAAACGACAGAAGCAAAUUUACAGACGAGAGAAGAGAAAAGAUAUAUCUCUUCUCGAGUGUUGUUAGGUGUCGACAGUAUUCGCGUACGUGUGUGCGAUGUCCCUGAGCAACAAUACGGAGCUGUACAUAAUUUGGAGAGGAACGGGUGUGUAUUCGAGGCGAUAUCCUGUUCGGAUUUCUUUUCGUCAAACUCUAGAAAAUAUGGAUUUUGACGAGGAUUCUUAUACUUGUUCGUCGAUACUUGCUCUCGAAUCGACCUCGUUGUCCUCUCCAUCGAUACGUGUAAUUACAUUUCUCUUUGGACCAAUACUCUUCGUCUAUUAAAGUAAUCGUUGUCGAGGCUCGUUAAAGUACCUAAAAACGAAGAAAAACAAACACAAGUACACACAAGUCUCUCGUCGGUGUAAGGAUCUUCGAGCGUGUGGUUCCUAAGUUAACUCGUAGAGGGUCGAGUGAAGCUCGAGUCAAGUCAGCGUGGAAACUUAUGUGAUACCGUAUUAAGGGCCGAUAAGUUAAGCUUUUACUUUUGCGUAUUGCGUGUUGUGAUGUGGCAGAGAAAACGUGUUUCUACGAAGCGCGCGGAACGGAAACGUCGAUGAUGUUUCAAGUGGCAGUCGAAGCGGAAGCCACGUACGUCACCGCGUAUACUUAGCUCCUUUUGUUUUUAUGUAUGAUACAGUAGAACUCUAUUUAUCAAUUAAUUAAACGAAAUUUUAGAUCUAAUUAAUUCUCUAAUCUGAUUAUUAAUCAAUGAAACUAAAUCCAGAAAUCGUUUCGAUUGAACUUGUAUGAACUUUGAACGACAAAUGCUGGAUCGAUUCUGUUAUAUUUAUACGUUAUUAUCGUAUCGAAUUACAAAAAGUAUUUGCACAUAUCUUUAUUCUCUAACGAGGUAUCGAUUUUUACAGUCGCAUGAAAGUACUACAAUUAAUAAUAUCAAUCUUUUUUCGUCGUAUGAAGAUACUAUUAAUAAAUAAUACUUGGACCUAAUUAAUUAGUACGUAAAUGCUAUAAUAAAAAAUGUGCAAAUAAUUUUUGUAGUCACUGUAUAACGCACAUGUAUUUCAAAAGUAUCAUAACUCGGAAUAAUUCUCUCCUGUAUUAGGAAAACGUCAAAAUUGUCAAAGAGGAAAUUCAGAGGCUAACAGUGAAACAUUACAAACAUUUGACUAUUAUCUCGUAGAAUCUAUUUUCUAUUUUCCAACGUUAUAUGUUUACUAGAUCAUUCUUUUAAUAAUUCAUAGAGUCAUGUCACUUUUGAAAUACUACACGAAAAGUUCUUCUAAAAAAAAUUGAUUUAUUUAGAAUUUCUCCUACGUACGAGCCAUUCAGAAGUUACGUCGAUCAACUACAUAAAUGGGAAAGUAGAGAAAUUACGAACUUUAUUCUAAAAAAUUUCCCUGCAAAUACACAUCCAUUUAUAUCAUUUCCUUGAUAAACAGAUUUAUGAAAGUAAACAACCUGUUCCUGAGAAAGAUCCUUGCUAACGAAAUUAUAAAACGAACAGUUGAUCGGUUUCGCUUCUAGACAGCUCGUAUAACAAACUAUUUCUUCGUUGACGGACUUAGAUAAAUGGAAUUCCACUGUACAGAGACUCUCGUCAUAUUUAUUCUCAAAUUUAGCUCCGUUGUGAAGGUGAAAUAUAACUACCCUCGAGAACUAUUCUGGAAUCAUCCGAGUGAUUAGUAUACACGUUGUCGCGUGGUUACUUCCGCUUCCGAGUCCGCGAUGAGCGCUCGAUUCGGAGUUCCUCGUUUCGACGACGUGGCCAGCUGAUCGAAAUCGUUCCGCCCUGUGCUUUACGAUCACUGUAAAUGCAAAAAAAAAAAGAAAAAAAUUGUGAUCGAGACGAGCUGUCAUCGCAAUGACAAAAAUAGAAGGUUGUGACGUUCGUUGGAUGGACGCGGUAUCGUCGAGUGGAACUCGUGCACACGACCAAAAUGGAAGUAGAGUAUACAUGCAUACGAUACACGUACACUGAGACAGAAAGGCGUACACAUAGAACAGGACACGAACACACAUUACCUAUAACGUAUAAAUAUAAAUAUGGAACUAUAUAUAGAUAGGUAGAUAGAUAUAUACGUGUACACAUCCACGUGUCGGCGGCCUGGCGCGUCUGAAAUCGCGAGUUCGAGCAAAGACAGUGUUUGACUGCCCCGGAUUUAUCGACCGUUCCUCGAUCGAUAUCACGAAGAAAGGUGUCGAGAAGCAAAUAUCCCUGUUUCGUCCCACGACUACCGUAGACAACGGAGUAACUGAAGAACCGAGUUUCAACGCUCCAACAACUAGGUAAAGUUUCAACAAUUUCCAGAUGCAUUACGUUCAUAUCCUUUGAGAUUACACGUCGAUGGAUUUUUCUGUCGAUUCGUUUUUUUUUUUUUUUUUAUUUCUUGCGUAUUACACGCGAUAUUAUAUUUCUUCCUCCUUAAAGUUGAAUAAUUAUUGAUAUCGAUACGUGUAAAUUAUUCUGAGUCUUGAAAUUAUAGACCUACGUGUGAUUUCAAGAUCGUGCGUAUCGUGAUGUAGAUUUGAUGGUGGUUUUAAAUUGUCUUUGAUAUCGAUUUGGAUUUUUCUAGAGUUUAAUUAUCGCCGAUAUUGACAUUACUUUGUAAAUAAUUUUUAUUACGGAAGUUUUGGAUAUUGUUAUUAGUAAUCAACGAAAUACUAGUAAUUAAUGACGAUUUUAAAGUAACGAAGUCUAUUUAUAGGAUUUAUGGGAUUGAUAUUAUUGUUUCCUAAUGUUUAUAUUAAUAUUUUUCGUGCUAGUGUUGGGAUAUCGUCUCAAGAUAUGAUAUCAGCAUCUGUGGAUUAUAGAUUGAUUUGAUUUUGUAGAAGUCUUAUUUAUGUUAAUAUUUUUCAAGUUCAAAUUGCGAUGUUUAUAAAAAAAUAUUGAUACCAGUAUUCGUCAAUCAGCUUUAAUUUGAAAGAUUGCUCGUUAUUAUGAAAACAUAAGACAACUUCAGCCACUUUAAAUAGAAACAGGACCUAUUCUGCGUCUUUUAACUAUUCUGUUAUAUAAUGUCCACAAAGAGCAUUGAAAGAUGGUAAGCUCGAACUUUAGAAGCACGAAUUAUUCAUUCGAAUGAAACAAAAUGUGAUUAAGAAACGUGGGUCGUAAAGUGCUUUCUCUUAAAUGAAACAUUUUCUUGUGACUUGUAGUAGAACCUAUACGAAAUAUAUUUUGAGAUAAAAUUAAUGGAUUAGCUCUGAUAAAUGCAAAGUAAAAAUUAAUGACUCUAAAUGAGGUAUAGCAUUUCAUAAAAACGCAUACUUAAAUGUAUGAAAUUUGAAAUAAAAAAAAAAAAACCUAUAAAUCAAAAUAACAUUUUACAAACAAAAAUGUAUCACGAAGCUAAAGAAAAAUAAUUUUUUGAAUCUACUUUUAUUAAUAAUUCUGCUUUAUUAUUUGUAUAUGUAAUUUCUGAAGCUUGGCAUCAGCUUUCUGUCGGGUUAAAGUUCGCAGUUUUACUAAUAUCGACAUAAACAUCAUAUGAGGAUCAGUUUAGUUUUAGAAAGUUGUACUUGUUUUGAACUAGAAAUUGAUGGAUUGGUUCGAGCUCGAUCCCUGGAAGUUUCAAAAUUUCAAGACCCCGAUGUCUCUCUGUAAACACUUUUUAAUUAAAAAGUGAUAAGAUGAUGAUCGAUGAUACUGGUAUUAUCACGUUUGAUUUUAGAACAUGAACUUCUACAUAUUUUCGAAUUAGAAACUAAUAGAUCGGUUCGUUUCACUUUCUCAAAGUCGGUUUUCUUUCAAAAGUCGGCGUUUUAUUAAAGUUUUACACGUUACCUUUUACUACGAGGUAAUAAAAUAGUAAUUUAAAGUUUCGUAGUUUCUACCACCUUCAUUUCGCCACGUGUAUUGCAAUUUUACGAUAUUUUUAUAUUUAUUAUGCUUUAUAAUGGAAAAUACGUGCAAUAAUGAUAAUCUACGUUUGAAUUCUUCAAGUUUAAUCUCAUUACGUCGUAUAUUUUUAUACUUUCUUUUCUGAAUUCGUAGCUGUCACGCCGAAGAUGAUUGAUAGCCACAUUAAAUAUUCUCACGAAGUAUAAUAAUAUCAGCUUUAGGACACUUUUAUAUUUUAAAUUUAGAAUUAGUAAAAACUUAGCAUUUUUAAGUAGACUCAUCUUUUCUAUUGAGAUCUCGAUAAGAAAUGUGACGUUUAUCAGAGAGUACUGCUACAAAGAAAAUUUUUCUAAUAAAAAGUUCAGAUCUCACUGCGUGAAAUGAAUUUUACAGAGAAAGCUUCAAACAGUCAUAUCUUUUCAUAAAGUUAUAAAAUUUGUAAGUUAUAAAGUUAUUUUAGUGAUACAAAGCUAUUUUCAUAAAGUUUCGAAAUGUAGAGUAAAUAAUAAAGAUUCGAUAUAGGUUGAGAAUGAAAUUAAACAGGAUAUAUUUUAAUAAAAACGAAGAGGAUCAACUCGCAAGUAAAAGAAAUUCCACUUUAUUACGAUUAAUUCGUCCGAGGAAAAUUCAUAAAAGUAAUUGAGCAUUAUUCCUUCCAAGGGGGAUGUUACUUUGCCCCUCAGACAAGCCAAUUUUAGUAUUUUUUAUCAUAUUAUUAUUUAUUAUUAUCCUUUUUUUCUUAAUAACGUUCUCGGAUAUUUGUUAUUAACAGAAUCCAAGAUGUUCGUGAUAAAAAAGUUCCCUUUAUCCUCGGAAUGCUGCUUCGUCUCUUUAUUCCGGCUACAAAUUCAUCUACCCUCACCCUUUGUCAAGUCUUUUGCUAUUUAUUCCUGCGUCAGUCUUCCUAGACGUAAUUCAUAAUCGAACCCUUUUAUCCUCUUAAAAGUAAAGUUACCCAAUAAUUGUCAUAUUUUUAAUAAAAGAUUCAUCGUUGAAACGCGAAAGGGGAGAGCACUGAAUUUGAAUUUCAGCCCCAAUUAAACUGAGAAUUUUUCUUGACACGCGAAAUUUCCGAACAAUCAGACGCUGACAACUAAAUUAAAACUUUGUUCCAACGAUUUUUUUUCCCCUGAUUUUUCCUUUUAUACCCUACUCGCGACAAAGUUGACAAUCGCCUCCCCCUCGUGGAAAAUACGUGACUCUCGUUGAUGAUCGAUUGUUUCUCGUUGUAUUGUUUUUAAAAUUCCGGCGACAAUUUUUUCGUUGGAUCUUUAAUGGGUGGAAAGCUGUUCUGAAUUAAAAAUAUUCGAAACUUCCGAAGCAAAGUUUUGCCAUACCAAAGUGAAUAGAUCUGCGCGAAUAGAUUUUCAAGCGAUUUCUGCUUGAUGAUAUUUCUGAAACGAUUCUCUUGUCUCAAAUAUAGGAAAAUUUUUAGUAACUCUAGAAUUGUAAUUAGAAUUUGACGUUCAUCCCUACUUCUCGAUAGCAUUUGAUCGUAUCGCCGAUUCCAAAUAAGCCGUCUUCCAGAAAUAAAUUAAAUUUUGUAAAAGUUUUUAGUAAUUUUAUUGCAAGAAUACGUUGAUAGAAGAGACGGAAAUCUGCAGAUAUUAGAAUUUCUUGACUGUUUGUAUUUUUACAAAAUUAAUGAAUUGUUAUUGUUAUAAAGAAUUUGUUAAUUUUGUGAUAUUAUUUGUAUUAUUUAUUUUCAUUAUCAUUUGCUUUAUCAUUUGCAUGAUUUUCAUUAACACGUUCAGUUUUACGUGCGAUAAUCAUCUGAUUAUCGAAAAUCAUGAUAAAUAUUUAUCAAGCGUAUACUCGAAAUAGAAUUAAUUCAUUUAUAUUUCGAAUUAUUUAUAUAUAUUCGAAUUAUGAAAAACACAUUUUUGCAAAUUUACAAAUUGCAAAAACUUAAGAAACGCACAUGCCUUUAAAGAAAUUAAAAAAUCAAAAAUACUGUUGAGAGGUCGUGUAACAUUUUUAGAAAAAAGGCUGUCCUUGAGAAGAACAUUGAACAUUCAUCGGUUUUCGGAUGAAUGUAACAAGAUAGAUUAGACAGUAAUUAAAUAAAAAAAAUAUUGAUACGAAUUUUCUUCUACGUUAAAACGUUUGCACUCUAAAAUUAAUAUUUAUUUUUCAUUUUCCUUUUUGUAGGAAGAACAUUGACAAAUUGGUAGCCGCGUUUCAAUAUUCAACAGAGUAUUCUUUGUGUUGCUUCAAUUUUAAAUUUCAGUUUUUCUAGCAGAGAGAUUUAAUAGUAUUGACACCAGACGUAUUUUGAUUUUUGACUCACGUCAGAUUUCCAUCAACGCAUACAUGCCAUGCACAUGACGGGAUGCUUUCAGAAAUUCACCAAUCCAGUAUUUGUAACGCAUUAUAAACGUUUUCCAUCGAUGCCGAUGCCUGUGGCAUCUAUCUAUUCACGAUAUAUUUCUACGCACACACUUAUCCUAGUAGAAACGAAUAUCAAAUAAAUCUCGCAUGCGUUUUCUUUCUUUUUUUUUUUUUUUUUUAGAAAAUUAAAAAUAAUUCUAGUGACACCGGUAAAAAGCUGCAGAGGCAAAAUCAAGUUUUCUAUUUACAUUAAAUUAAACGUAUUUUUUAAUUAUCAUAUAUAACAUAUAAUCGUGUUUCCAUAGUUUAAGAAUUCAGUUUUAUUUACACAUGUUUAUGCAUUUACGAAAAGUUUAAAUUUACUGAAUGAAUUCUAAAUAUGAAACGAAGAAAGGGUCUGAGACUUAGGAAGCAUUUUUUAAAGUAUACAGGGAGUGGCAAGACAAAUAAAUAGAAAAUGUAAAAUAAAACAUAGUUUCGUUUGAACUCUCCUUUAUAAAAAUAUAUAUAUAUAUUAUUAUUUAUAUAUAUAUAAAUAAAGAAGGAUAAUUCUCGAACAGGCCUCUUUGAACGAAAAGGACGUAUUCCACAUUUUUUACUUAUUUCCGCAUCCGAAACGUCCUGCCACGCCUUGGAUAAGAAAUAUUGCAUAAAUUUAUAUUUAUUCGCUAAACUUUUUUCAAUUGAAUGGUUAUGUUGAUUUUUAUUAUUGUAAAACUGAUUCUACGUAUAAAUCUUUCAUUUUUGCACGUUUCAUAUUUUCUGACAAGACCGUGGCUUCUCCAUUUUUCAUAUAGAUAUUUAUAAAUCUAUUAAAUCGUUCAUUCAGAGACAAGCGUACAAAGUUUUUUAAAUGUUUUCACGGGAAACGGGGUACCGGGAUUUUAAAUUAUUAAAAUUGCAGCUUCACGUUCCGACCAUUUCUUAUUGAAAGCCUGAAUUAAAUAACGAUCGACAUUAAGCAAACAAUAAUAAAUAUUAGAAUGAGUUUUAUUCACCGUUUCAAAUGGUCAAAGAGUCGUUCGCUUGAAUAACGUUGUUGCUCCAUUAAACAUAAAACAUUUCCAAUUUCCUGUGAAUACUUUUCAAUUGUUUUCGAUGCACCUUCUUUCCUUUAAAAUAUGCUUUGUUUAUGCGAUAAAAUGUUCGAUAUAGGAUUUCUUUUUAACUAGUGACAAGUAAUCGUUAAAAUAUCUAUAACUUUCGAUCAUUAACAGACAGUUCGAAAGAAUAUUAAACAAACUUUAUUCAGUUUAAUAACACCAUAAAACAGAAUAAAGACGAAAAUAUUCCGAAUAUUUAAAUAAUUAAUUAAUAAUAAGGUUUAUGCAUUUGUGUGAAUUUUAAAUAUACACAAAUCUGCACAACUUAAAAUAUUUCUAUUUUGCAAUAAAGCACCUUUCUCUUAGAAUCUACAUUUCAUUUUCAAACUGAUAUCUAAUUUUUGGUCGUAUGAAAAUACUACUAAGCGAUACAAAAUGUAAUAUACUUGGACCUAAUAAAUUAAUGUAUCAUAUAAUAAAUACUCUGGUGUGCAAAUACCUUUUGCAAUCACUAAUACAAAAUAUUAAGUGUAUAUAUAUAUAUACACACACAGAACUAAUAAAAAAUAUAGCACAUAUAUAAAAAUAAAAUACUCGCUGUAGUAUUUAGAUUCCAUUUACUCUUGGAGUAAAAACACGAUUUUGCAUAAAUAUUCACAGUCGAUUCAGUAAAACUGGAACAAAAUUUUAUUGAAAUAAUGUUGAACACAGUGUUAGAAACACUCUUCUAAAAGAAAAAGCUCGGUUUUCUUCAGACAAGUAACCCACUCUGAAACUUUUAGCCGGCCACCGUGGCACAAUUCAGAUCCUCCAAUACCAGAAAAUUCACUCUCUUCCACACGGUGGCAACGUUUUAAAGACUUGGAAUUCCAUUUCACCGGUGUCUCGAUCAACUACGAGUGUUUCGUACACUCGUUGUGCACGCCAUUGACAACGAGAUACGAAACGCAGUUUUUGGCGCAUAUGAAAGAGAGAGACACGUUCCUACGCGAUUAAACGCGGUCGUUUAAAAGAAGAGGAGGUUCGAUUUCUCGCGACAGGCCGUCGCCAUCCGACCGAAUUAUUGCUCUCGAUACCAAAUGUUCCUUAAGUUGUUUCGCGAAAAACAAAAACAAAAAAAAAAAAAAACAAAAAAUAUAAGAAGGAUGAAAAAAUCGUUUCUGUACAUAGUAACCGUGAAUUGCAAACGCAUACAACUCUCCUGAAGCACAUUGUGACACAGCGCGAGAACGAGAGAAUGCGAGAGCGAAAGAGACAGAAGAGAGAAAGAGAGAUUGGAUUAUAACAAAUUGUGAUAACGCGAGUGAAGAACGGAAGUCGGUUCAGCACCUUUCGUAGGCAAAAUUUCGCGGCUCCAUGCUUGCGUUUGAAAAUAGCACUAUGAUUGCGACAGAUGAGUUCUCUGUACAAAUUCUUACGGCAACUUGAGAAAACAUAGAAAUUUCCAAAAUGCUGAAAUACAAAUAAUUGGUAGAAAUAUAUAAAACGUUUAAAACAGAAUAUUCCUUAUAACACGUGGUAGGGAAAAUAAAUCUCCGUUCAAGUUCUAUUUGUUUUUAAUUAUGUACCUACAAAAACAUAGAUUUGCACAAGCGUCCGCAAUUUAUUUCCGAGCGUAUGCAUUUCGGUUGUCGAACGUUUCGUCAUCGAACCAUGUAUCCUCUGUAAUCAUAGUCUAAUGAAUAUGAUGAAAAUAUAUCGCGAGUAAAAUUCGAUCCCUGAAGUCACGGAACCGACACGUUCUCGUCGCGACCUGCUAAAGGCCGGAUUCAUUGCACCACAACUCUAUGUAAUUGUAUAAAUAUCAUCGGUAUCAAAAGUGUCAAUAUCUCGUGUUUCUUGAUGGUACUUAAGAUAAAUCCGCAGCCCACUCGGGCAGCCGCGGCUGUUUGUUGAUAUUACUUCCGGAUCCGGGGGUUGAAAGCUGCGAUUCCGCUCCUCGAGACGAUUUUUAAAAAUGAUUUCCGUGUCGACCGAGUAUGUUUCAAUCGCAUAGAUCGAUGUUACUUAAUGCUUGUCACACAGUCAAUCUCCCAUGGAGAUUCGAUCUGUUAAAAAUGAUAUUAAAAAUGUCGAUGUGUUUUUAACAGUUUUCGGAUCUGCGACUGUGUGUAGCGAUUUUUCAUGGGAAAGUGAAUCGGAAAUGUAGUGCAAGAUUUUCUCAUAGAAGAUCCAGAUUUUUGGUAAAUUGACUAUGAAAAUUAUUUAGAACACGCUGAAAACGUUGUUCACAUUAUCGAUAUAUUUCUUAAUUUCAAUUUAAUUUUGUUGCUUUUGUUGCCAUCCACUUAAAGAUUCUUCUGCUUCAAUGACAAACAUAGCGUUUAGUAUCUUUACCAACAAAUGGCAGUAUUUUUAAUGGUAGGUUAUAGUAAUCGUAUAUUAGAAAUUAAUUUUUAAAUUACUAACGUCAAUAUCAAAUUUGUCUCUUCAAGAGUCGUAUUAUAAUCUUUUUUAUUGAUUUUCCUUAUAAAACCAUCCUUCUCGAUCAUUAUACAUGCAUCGACUAAAGUUACGAACAGUGUAUAAAUUUCGAAAAUUGGAUAUCUCGAAAGCAAAGUUUCCUACGAGAGAACUUUACUUCAUUUCUGAUGAAUUCUUUCCGCAACUUCCAUAUCUAUAUAACAUUGUUCGGUUCGUGGCAACAAUUCCAAAGAAAACUUUGAUAAAGUCAUUUCAGAGCAGCAUCGUCGUGAACAGUUUCGGCUCCUGGUGAAAGACCGUACUUUCUCGUGGCACGUUCCUUCCUUUUUUGGCCCGACCUGCGACUCGAGCUGAAAAUCUUUUUUGUACAUAAAGUCCGUGUUUGUGAGGGAGAGAGAGAAAGAGAGAAAAAG